AUGGACAAAUCCCACAAGCCCAACGCAGAUUCCAGUUUAGAAGCCCUCGGGUACACCGCGGAACUGUCACGAAAUCGAUCAACAUGGCAAGUGAUAUUCAUGUGCUUCAUUCUGGCCUCCGUGCCCUACGGUCUAUCGACGACUAUGAACUAUGCCAUCCAGGGUGGUGGCUCAGUCUGCAUGAUCUGGGGCUGGAUUCUAGUCUCAUUGAUCAUGCUGUGUGUCUGUAGUUCCCUAGCAGAGAUUACCGCCGUCUUUCCCACCGCUGGCGGUGUUUACUACCAAACAUUUGCUCUGUCACCUCCCUGGUGUCGUCGUGUCACAUCCUGGAUCUGCGGCUGGUCCUAUCUCGCUGGUAAUGUGACAAUUACUCUCGCUGUAAAUUUCGCGACCGCCCUGUUCCUCGUCGAGAGUCUGAAUGUCUUUAAAAAUGCCAACGGUGAUGGUAUUGCUGAAAACUUCCAGGCGUGGCAGACUUUUUUGAUCUUCAUCGCUAUUACUCUUCUCACUCAUGCUGUUCCAGCUUAUGCCAAUAAGUGGCUCACUCAUAUCGAGACCUUUGCUAUUUUCUGGACUCUUGUUGGCGUCACUGCUAUCCUCAUUACCAUCCUCGUCGUCGCCCGCAAUGGCCGUCGAUCCGGUGAAUGGGUCUUCACCUCCUUCGAGCCCCAAUCCGGCUGGCCCGACGGAUGGUCCUUCUGCAUUGGUCUCCUCCACGCUGCCUACGGUCUCUCCGCCAGCGGCAUGGUAACAUCAAUGUGCGAAGAGGUCCGCAGACCCGCCAUCCAAGUCCCCCGCGCCAUCAUCGGCGGCGUCCUCCUAAAUAUGUUCGCCGGCCUAGCAUUCCUCCUCCCAAUUGCAUUCGUCCUCCCCGACAUCUCAAUGCUAGCACAGAUCGCUUCCGCCCAACCCGUUCCAACAAUCAUUCUGUCCGCGACUGGAAACUCAGCCGGUGCUUUCUGCCUUCUCAUCCCCCUCCUCGUCCUAGGCAUUACCUGCGGCAUUUGCUGCGUCACUGCCACAUCCCGGUGUACCUGGGCUUUUGCGCGUGAUGGCGCUAUUCCCGGAUCGGGAUGGUGGAAGAAGGUCGAUGAGCGGUGGGGAAUUCCUCUUAAUGCCAUGGCUUUGGGAAUGGUUGUUGAAAUCAUUCUUGGUUGUAUCUACUUUGGAUCGAGUACUGCUUUCAAUGCCUUCUCGGGUGUUGGUGUUAUUUUCUUGACACUCAGCUAUGCCUGUCCCGUUGCUGUGUCGAUGUUCCUUUGUGGUCGGAAAGAAGUCAAAGCAGGUAACUUCGAUCUUGGACCACUGGGCUGGUUCUGCAACGUCGUUUGUAUCUGCUGGUCACUCCUUGCUCUCCCGCUUUUUUGCUUCCCCACCAAUGCAGGCGUUACCCUGGAGACUAUGAACUACGCUGUUGUUGUCUUCGUGGGUUUCCUUUUGAUUUCUGCGGUUUGGUAUGGUGUCUGGGGUCGUAAGAACUACGUUGGUCCUGCGCUUGAGAGCUUAGAGGGUCGGAAUGGUUCUCUCAGUCAUGACAAUGACAGUGAGGCGGGCUCAAGUAAAUGUUAA